UCGAUUUGACGUGUUGUGUGUUCAGUUGGGUAAUGCCCAACGUCGUCAGUAUACAGAGAUUCACUUGAAACUGUCAGCUUUAGUUUAAUGGGAAGCAUUGCUGUUAUUAAUAUGGUAAACUGACAGUUUGAAGUGAAUCUCCCCACAGCAACUUGUCCUCGUAGAAAUUAGAAUGCCGGCUUCAUUGUCGUAGCAUACUAGUGAGCACUGAGUAGUGAGUAGCCUUGUCCAGAAAGCAGAGCAGUUUUAACCACGGCUAACCGCCUACCUGCUCAGUCCAGUGUUCGAUUAUUGAAAACGACUCAGCACCACUCUCGACUCUUGACAGCUUCCACCUUGACUUGGCAAAACGCUUCAUGCAGACAUUACACUUGUGCUACCCGGAACAGUGAGUGAACCAGUUACCAGUAUCUAGUGAUCAAAGGUGUUCAUCUACGAUAACAGGAUUUACUCAAACUCAGGAUGCCAGUAGCGAGACGCCUGCAGCCGAUCCGCGUGGAGACGCUGGGAGACAGUCUGUCGGAGAAGUUGCGCCUCUCAUGCAAGCCUGGCCUGAUGCCGAUGGGGGGAGUGCGGGUGUUCCCCUCGGGGUGCGUCAUGCCGACUGAGUACGUGCCCUAUGCCGAGCGCUUGAGACACUUCUCUGUCAGACCCGAUGAUGUCUGGGUCAUCUCCUAUCCCAAGUGUGGAACUACAUGGACCCAAGAAAUGGUGUGGUUGAUUGGAAAUGAUUGUGAUUACGAGGCAGCUAAAAGCCAGUUGCUACUACAAAGAUUCCCUUUUCUCGAGGCUGUGAGUAUCAUUUCACAGGAGAUUGAGGGUGAAGAAGAUGAUGAGAAUGUGCUGGGCGCCGAUACCAUCACAUUCACUGAGGAACUCCCCUCACCAAGGUUCAUCAAAACUCAUCUAACAACUAAGCUCCUUCCUCAAGAAAUCUGGAUAAAGAAGCCCAAGAUAAUCUAUGUGACAAGAGAUCCUAAAGAUGCAGCAACUUCAUACUAUCACCACCAUCGUUUAUGGAAUGGUUACACUGGCAGCUAUGAUACGUUCAUGGAGGGAUUUCUGAAAGAUAAACUCGUGUACAGUCCUUUCUGGGAUCAUGUAAUAGAAUACAAGAAACUGGAAAAUGAACCACACGUCCUCAUUAACUCCUACGAAGAAAUGAAGAGGGAUCUACCAGGCGUAAUAAGACGUACCGCCAAGUUCCUUGAGAAAGAUCUAACAGACGAGCAGGUUUCAAAAUUGGCGCACCAUCUCAGCUUCAAAGAAAUGAAGGUGAAUUCGGCCAUAAACGGCGAAGAGUUCAUCAAAGAAGUGAAAGAGAAACACGAAAUGCCGGCUGAAGAUCCUGAGUUGACUUUUAUAAGGAAAGGAGAGGUUGGCGGUUACAAGAACGAAAUGCCGGAGAAACUCGUUGAACGCUUUGAUGACUGGACUAGAGAGAAAUUAUAUGGAACAAUUCUUCAAAAUGAGAUUAUGUGAUUGGAACUUUACAUGGGACUCCCUGGUGCCAUGCUCACUGCUCUUCCAUACCCAUUGCAGAUCAUUUCAUAAUACUGAUGAUUAUGAUUAUUAUUGAUUGGAAAUUAUUAUUAUUAUUGAUUGUAUUGGAAAUGCCAGGCAACCCAAUGUUCCAUUCUAUGAUUUUGUAUACUACUCAUCUAUAUUUUUUAUUUGUAAACUUUUGCAAGGAAAAAUUGAUUUAAGGGUACUGAUCUACGGUAACUGAUCCGGUAUCUCGUAUUUUUUCCUUUUCGUCGUCCAGCUUGCAAGACACAUAUUCAAGUCAAAUUUUUGGGCGUAGUUCUAAUAAUUCCUAUCUUUCUGCACCAGCGGUCUCCCCAAUGGCCCCUAUUGGAGUACUUUGGUAAUGUUCAUCUAUUGAAUCAAUUGAAUGUUCCCUUUGUGAAGGAGAAUUGAUCACUCGCUUUCACACUGAUUCAUCCAUUAGUAAGUGAUAACGGGACUAGCCCCGAAUGGAGCCUGAGAAGUAUCCAAAAAAUCUAUUCCGUAAUCGGCCCAGUGCUGAAAUGUUGCAGUUAAAUGAAUAUGAUACUCGAAUAUGACUUUCAGGUUGAGAUUUAUGACGGAAAUGAUGAAAAUGAUUACUAAACUCCGGACCAGUUACCGGAAAUCAGCAACGCUAGUUAUUUAUAGUUGUUAUCAAGACUUAUCCUAGUUUACUGGGAUAAACUGCUUUGAAAAUAGCAUACCUUCCAUAUUAUAAGAUACACAUUGUAAUUUCUGUUGUACUUAAAGUCUCAUUCAAAAAAGCACAUUGUGAUAUGCCUAGAUCCAUGUUAUCUAUUGAAAAUUCUAUGUGCAUCAUGUAUCCACUCAGAUUCAUGUUUGUGAUUAUAAUUUAUUAAAUAGAUAGCUCAAUA